AUGGGCUGGGCUUUGGGGACAAUGAUCGCAUGGCGCAAGGAGUGUUCAGAGGUAUGCCUUGCCACAAGGUCAUCUCUGGUCUUUCCACCACCUGCGCCUCAGUCGGUGUCUCCGCUGGAUUCCGACUACCCGGACCUUUCUAUGGUGCCGGCAUGCUACCAUGACCAUAAGGAGGUGUUUAAUAAAACCAGAGCCACUUCUCUGCCUCCACAUCGGGAGUAUGAUUGCGCCAUCGAUCUGCUCCGAGGAUCUUCUCCUCCAAGGGGAAGACUCUACUCCCUGUCUGCGCCUGAGACACAGUCGAUGAAGGAGUAUGUGACCUCCUCGUUGGCUGCAGGUCUGAUCCGACCACCAUCGUCUCCAGAGAAGGACAAGAAGAAGGACAAGAUCUUCGCCCCUACCAGAGCCAGAGUCCAGAGCUCACGGUCAGAUCCACAGCUGGUCUCAGGAGCGCUGAUAGAUGUGGCCAAACACCUGGGCAACCUGUCCUUCAGAGUCUGGGAGAAGAUGAAGGACAAGGUCCACUUCAGUCCUGUCAUUCUGGACCCAAACACUGCACAGCCCUUUCUCCAUCUGUCUGAUGAUCUGACCAGUGUGAGACGUGGAGACACAAAGCGGAAACUUCCUGACAAUCCAGAAAGAUCCACUAAGUAUUCAGAGGUUCUGGGAUCUGAGGGCUUCAGCUCAGGGAAACACAGCUGGGAUGUGGAGGUGGGAGACCAUCCUGAAUGGUUUGUAGGUUUGGUUAAAGAGUCAGUUGACAGGAACGGAGAGAUAUCUGCUUCUCCAGAAGAUGGAUUCUGGUGUUUAUUUCAUAACAAUGGAAAAUACACUAAUGGAGCUCGUAAGACUCUCAGAGUGAAGAAGAGUCUCCAGAGGAUCAGAGUCCAGCUGGACUAUGACAGGGGGGAGGUGUCCUUCUACAACCCUGAAGACAUGACUCACAUCUACACUCAGAGACACUUUCAAUGGGGAACUCUUCCCAUAUUUUAUUAUUGGAAAUGCUGGUGA